AUGCACGCCAGUAUGGCAAACGGAUCAGAACCCAUUGAACCUGAUCUAUCGGAUAAUGACUCCUCAUACCCGGGCUCAGACACGAGCUAUACCAAAAGCAUGACAUCCUCGGCGUUAAACUACCAAACGGUCGCAGAUAUCAUUCGUACCAUGAAGGGGAAUAUGUUCUUCCUAACGAUGAACAAGAGCAAGACCGCCUUGAUCUGUGAAUAUCCCGAAGCAGAGGUUAUCGGUAUUGACCUCAGUCCGAUCCAACCCUCAUGGGUACCACCAAAUUGUCGAUUUGAAGUUGACGACUUUGAACAACCAUGGUCCUUCAGUUCUCUAUUUGACUAUAUUCAUGGACGAGAGCUCGAGGGAGCCAUUCGCGAUCACGACAAACUAUUCCAGCAAGCAUUCAAUAACUUAAAUCCAAACGGAUGGUUUGAGAUGGCAACAAUGGCAGUUGAUACCUAUUCAGAUGACGAUACCCAUCUGAAUGCAACAUGUUUACUCGAUUUGGCGAAGCAUUUGGACAUUUCGUCAAAAACCUUUGGCAAAGACAUGAGAUCCGUCACUACGUGGAAAGAGCGUUUUGAACAGAUGGGGUUUAUAAAUGUCAAAGAAGAAGUAAUCAAGCUACCCCAAAGCCCUUGGCCCAAAGACUCAAAGUUGAAAGAACUGGGCCGCUACCACCAACUUAAUAUGCUAGAGGCUAUGCCAACGUACUCAUUUGCAUUAUUCACUCGUAUGCUUGGUUGGAAGCGCGUGCAGAUUGAAGCCCUGCUAGCUGGUGUACGGCAUGAACUGAAAGACCUCUCUAAUCAUUUGUACACGAAAGUGCACAUAGUGUAUGGUCAAAAACCAGCAUGA